AGCAAAAUUACAGAGUUUUAUUCCUUUGAAACGUGAUUUUAUGCCACCUGAAUUGCUCAAGUUUUACGGUUGAAAAAAACUGCAAAAAAAAUAUAUUAACCAAAAUCAAAUAAAUUAUUUUAAAAUGUUAAGUAGCCUUUAUCAUUUGUAUUUCAAACUCUGUUCUAUUCUAUUGGUCUUGACCAAUAAAUUUUUUGUUGCUUGAGAGAUUUUACUUUUUUUCGAUUAUCUGUGGACGUCACAACACUAUUAAAAAAAACAAUGUCGAAGGGAAAACUCAGUGGAAACGUCUUCUUUGUUACAUACCUAUAUUUUCUUUCUACGUAGGUAGUCGCGCGAGUGCGGAGUUCAGAGUGCAGGCUUCGGUCGGUAUUUACGUGUUAUAAACAACGUGUUUGUCAAAGAAACAGUGUUCAUUAAAAUUUUUUUGUUAAUUUAUUAAACGAGUGUUCCAGUUAUUAUAAAUAUACAAUGUGAAAUCGACGCAUGACGUAGAAUGAACUGCAUCUUCAGUCAAUUAGAAUAAUUUAAAAUAUCUCCGAGGUGUUAUCAUGUCGUCAGUGGGACAGCUAGUUCCCCAGGUGACGAGGAGCCCCCCAAACAUGACGAUCAAAUUUAAUGGCCCUCGCAUCGAGGGGUCUUUCUGCACGUCGAUUGAUUACAACUAUGACCCCAUUAUAAGCAUACUAUGUGCAAUGUAUAUUGCAUUUGGUAUUGUUUAUACUUUAUUUGGGUAUCGAUGUUUCAAAGCGAGCAUGUUUCUUACGGGUUUCACGUUCGGCUCGGCUAUCGUCUAUCUAAUUUGCCUACAGGAAUACCUGAUGCCUCCUUACGGGAACGUCGGUGUAGCGCUGUGCGCCGGCCUACUGUUCGGUCUCAUCACUAUGCUGAUCCAGUACGUGGGCCUGUUCGUGACCGGCUUCCACACUGGCGUACUGCUGGCUAUCGCCGGCCUUGCCAUCUACGAUCAUUUCCUGGACACCCGCCCGACUACGUACUGGCUCUGUGUUGUUGUCUUGCUCUGUUCAGGCAUAUUCUUCGCUGUCAUCAACCUGUAUUGGAAGAAAGUUCUGACUAUCUUCGGUACGAGCGUGUACGGCGGUGCGGUGAUCGCGACAUCCCUCGACUACUUCUUUGAACGAAUGAUGAUGCUGAAGUGGCUGUGGGAGCGCGCGAAGCUGGAGCCGGCCGUGGCCCCGCCAUGCCGCCUAUCAUGGCUGACGCUGGCCGCUUGGCCCGCCGCAGCCAUCGUCGGCUUGACCGCCCAGUGCGCGCUCACCGCUACCGGCAUCUACCACGAACAAAGUAUAAGCGCUCAGAAGCGUCGACUCAAGGCUCAGCAGACUCGCCCGAUCACCCGCGAACAGCGCGCCGAGAUGAAGCAGCGCAAGUAUCGAUACCUGUACCAAGUGCGCACCGCCCACGGAGAUGUCAUCUCACAGUCAUACGUCCAGGCUCUGCAGAAGAAGGCCCAGUGCGGCAACUGGAGCGUGAGUGGCGGCGGUGGCGGCGGCGGCGGCGAGUGCAGCACCCUGCAGAGCGACUCCACGCACCUGACCGUACUCGCCGGCUCCGAGCACGCGCCCCCCACCGACUCCGACGAUGACCUCAACCAGAUCCGGGUAGCGCAUUGAAUUGAAUGACAUCAUUGAAGAGUAAAAGGCAGAUGGUGGAUCGUAUUGAUUUUCUUUCUAUUUACCCAGUAUUAUUGUAAGAGGAAUCUACUCAUAAAAUUAUUACAUAUUAGUCUCUAUCAUUAUUAGUAAUCGUAUAUUUGUAUUAAUGUGGAUUAUUAUUGUAUUAUGAUUAUUAUUUUUAAAGAAUUGUGCAUGGGUAUGUGACGGAGUUCAAGGCCUACAUUUAUUUAUUGCCAAAUAAGUUAGUUUUAAGUAUAUUUUCGUGUCAAUUUAAAGAUGACAUUUUAGAUGAAUUUAUGAAACAGGAAACGGACCCGUCUCUUUCUAUUGGACUUUGAAACAUAAAAUGAAUGCUGAACAUUCCAAAGUUAGUUGAAUAUAUAAGUUAGUGUUUAAGGAUUAUUUAUUUAGUUUUUAAUUUGACGCAAAUUGCGAGAUAUUUUAGCGGUUCCCCGAUAUCCGAAACCACUGCCAUCACUCGUCCUUCUUACUUGGUCUUGGACUCCAUGCGACGUGGUUGUAUUAAUUUGUAAUAGAUAUUUUAUUUAAACAUUUCUAACCAUACUACAGUACGACGGUUUCGUGUGUUGGAACCAACAUUGGCCUUAAUGUCCAACGCAGUUGGUGCACAAACGUUGGCACAAUUACUGGUCUGAAAAACAUGUAAGACGAUCCCGGUGAAUCUGGACCUACGGGCAAGCAAGUCAAAACUGACAUCGAUUGGUUAUUAGAAAACUGAAUCUAAAUAUAAUUAUAUAUGUACUCUCCUCUGAUAACAUCACAAUCGAAUUAUAUCAGUCGAUGGUUUUUUGAGUACAAUAGACGCGAAGUACUGCAACGCUGUUGGCUUAGCUAUAGGAACAGCACCAAAAAAAUGAUAGUCAUCACAAACAUAGAAUAGUUGAGCAUCACAAGACAUAUUUACAGAGGGCUCUAGAGUGUAGAACGUCGACCCUGUUGACUGUUACCCCGUCGAACAUUCCCUGUCGACUAUCAAACUUCUUGCCAAACCCUCCCUCUCUGUGACAGAACAUGGAAUUCGCUUCAAAUGUCCAUUUAAACUAUUUAUAUGCAUUUCAAUGUGAAACUUUUAGAGCACAAUGCGAUUUGGAUGUGAUGAACGGGUAAACUCUUAUGAAGAGUCUAGACUUAAGUUAGAUUACUGAUAUAACUAAAAACGUAUAAGUAGAAAACGAAUUUCUUAUAAAAUAUAUCUUGACCUACGUUUGUGUACUAUUAGUUCUUUUGUUUGUUCGGAAAAGCCUUUGACGGCAAUGCGAAGCAUGCAGUAAUGUUGUUUUGUUGUAAAAGAAAAUGUUCUAGGUUAUUUUGUUAGGAUUUGUUGAUCGUUUGAGCGUAAACAAGCACAAGGAGUAUUUCUAAAGCAAGUUGUUCGAAACACGUUAAAUCGUGUUUUCGUCCAGAAUGCUUGUCCGAACAAAUUGCUCAAAGCAAAAAAGCGUUGCAUUAGAUCUGCUCAAAUGAUCAGCUGUCGAUAUUUUACAUUCUAUGCGCAGUGUGAUAAUUUAUUUUUGGCCAAAGUUUAUUUUAGUUACAUGGCUUCAAGCAUAAGUUUUUAUUUUUAUCUUGCUUGUUAUUCUACUAUAUUUCGUCUCGUAUUAUAAUACGCAUGUUAUGAUAAACAGGUAUUUAAUAUUAACUGUGGUUUAAAAUAUGUGUAACGAUUAAUAUCGAUGUACUGAUGUGAAAAUGUUUUAGUGAUCAUAAUUAAGUAGCACUUCAACGUAUUUUGUUAGGAGGUUCGAAACCAGAUUCAAAAUGAAACAAUCCUAAAGAAAAUAAACAUUCCGAUGACAAAAAAUUGACAAGUAAGAAAAAAAACAGUAAAAUUCGUUUUUAAAAAACGUGUAUUCAAGAAUAACUCGUCCGUCUAAAGAAGACUAGAUUUGUAGACAUUUUAAUGAAUACGACAAGACAUUGUGACUGGCAGCUUAUAAAGGACUUUUCGAAAAAAAAAUAUGACUUCAAAUAAUAUGUAUUCUGGUUUCAAACCCUCUGUGUUUAGAUCGCUUGACUAGGUCAAGUGAGUUAGUUUCGUGGCAGGUAAGUGUAUAUAUCGUAGGUCAUCAAGUAGGAUUUAUAUAACCUUAGGGAUACGUGGCGCGUUUAAGAGAUACUAUUAUACUUUUUCCUUCUUUCUCUUUAAACAUAGCCCACUUGAACGCUCAAUUUCUAGUCUUUAUUUUUUAUUUCAUGUCAAAAGUACGACUGUAACAUUGUUAUCCGUUAUCCUUUUCAGACAUACUUUAUUGAGAUUUUAUCCAACGCAUGGUUAAUUUUUAAUUUGCAUAAUUUAUUAAAUAUUUGUUUUUUUUUGUUUUCAUAAAGUUUGUACCUAAUUUAUUCCACUUUUUAAUGAUACAAUUAUUUUAUUUCUGUUAUGUUUUGAGUAAUAUAAUUUUGUAAUCAACAUUCUAUCUUUCAUAUAAGUUUUGUUUUAUUUUUUUUCCUCACCCACGCAAUUCAACGUAUACCUUAUAUCACCGUGUAACAUGCCAUUUUAAAAUUAAUACUGUAUGUUGUAACCCAAAUGAACUGUAGUCUUCACUUUAAUCUUUUGACCACCGCAACCAACCAGUGACGACAAUUGAUUACGUCAACCUGUGACGUGAUGUUUCAUGUUUCAAGUAUUAGUCACUGAGGUUAAUAAAAAAAUACAAUUUCAAUUCCAUAAAAAAUAAGGUGUUUACGAUAUCAGAGUUAUGUGUCGUUGCUUUUAGUGUAGUGAAUGAUGUAGUAGCCUCAACUCAGUAGCGGUCAAAAGGUUAAACAUUAUACCUUAUACAUGUUUGAAAUAGAUGCAUAUAUCCCUAAAUAGUUUUAAGUAAGAACUUCCCGUCUCGUCAGUUAGUAUCACCGUACUAAAUGUACAACGUUAAGCUGUCCUUGAAACCAUUCUUGUGGUUCUGCUCAUCUCUCGCUCUACCUACCACCUAGUCUAAUCGGAAUCAGACUCAUCAGUGGCCUCUCAAAUUCGAAUCAUCUCAUAUAAAUAUAAAUAAUUCUGAUCGCUGAUUUGAAAACGAACACUGCCGAUAUAUGAACAUUAACUAGAGACGAUUGCGAAUCGAUCUUAAAUGCACAUAGAAUAAUGAGCACAAGUAUUUAAUAUACACAGUUAAAUCUGACGUCUAAAUUUUAUAGUUCAGUUUACGAGUUCUACAUAAGUCUGUAAAUAAGUUUAAGAUUGCACGUGUUGGCGUGCCUAGCCUUAAUAGGUACCAGCCUGAACCAUCCGUUCUAUAUAGCCCGAUAUUUACAAGUGCAGUUUUCUUUGAGUACUCGAGCCUAAUCAGCUAGGUCGCUAGGUUAAGCUAUGUAGGUAAGUUACCGCAUAGAUGAGUUUGGUGUCGGAAUUUGAUUUACACUAUGAUACGUAAUUCAUAUAAUUAUACCUAUGUGCGUUGCUCCCUUUAUGAGGAGCAGCCACUGACUAAUCUUGAUGUAAGUUCAAGUUUACUACAGCAACCAAUGCUCGGUGGUGCCGCUCAACUUCACAACAACAACGAUUCCAUAUUGGUGUCGCUCAAUUUUACCACAAUGGCAACCAAUGGAUGGUUGUGGCGCUCAACUUUAUCACGGCAACCAGCUCGCACACUUUAAUUUAAGCGAGUAUUCGAAGUAAAGAGUCAUAGUGUUAAUCAAGUUUAAUGUAGAUUCAAGUAGUUAACACAACAGUAAGGGUAAAGGAUAGUGUCGCUAAUAUAGGGUCCACAACACAGCGUAGCUUGGGCACCAGACUCAUAGGAGGUAAAGUGCGACGAGAUUCAUCUCGGACGUCUUUUUGCGACAAGUUUCAUUCAGUUUUCGUUAUUGAUUUUCAGCAUUAUGAGUCGUUGUAUUUCAACGUAAAAUUGACGUGGAAUAUGUUAUACCUAUAUGUUUUAUUUCAUGUUGUGUUAGAUUCAUAAAGUAUUAUUUAAAUCCAGAAGCAGAAAUGCUCAUAUAUAUCGGAAACUAAGUUUCAAUUUAAAUCUUGUCAAAAAGAUGACCGAGAAGACAUCGUUCACAUUGAGCUCACCGCUGGACUUAAUGAUAGAAAUUAACACGUAAUGCUAUUUUUGUACUUAAGGAGAAAAGACGGAUCAACAGUUAUAAAAUAUAAUAAAUUCGGGCAAUCAAUGUCAGGUCUACAGGAUACAAACUGUUUUCGUUGAUUGUACCUAUCAUUUAUUAAUUGGAGAAAUGAGAUUUUGAUGAAAUUAUAUUUGAGUUUAUUUAAUUCAAGCGAGUUGAUAUACUUCAAUAGAAGGAGGGACCCUGUGUGGGCUACUGAACGAAAAUCUUCAUUCAUUUAAAACUGAUCUCAAAUCUCACCUCGUUUGGCUCAAGCGUUAUUCUAAAGACUUCAAACGUAGACUCUUUCAGUGUUAUUCGUGGUGUAAAAUUAUCAAUAUAAUUGUCUAGCUUAUACAACCCAAUCCGGUCCAAUAUACGUCUGGAUUCAUUUCUAUUCGAUGUUUAAUAGUAGAUAGGUGUCGUAGUAAUCAAAUGUUUGUAUAAAAUUCUGUAUUCGGCUUACGCCGGCUAAUUAUAAGCAGAUGUCGUAGUUAUUAACAAAAUUAUUCUAAAUGGUAUUGUUUCUUCUUCUUUUUGACACUUGUCUAGUGCAGCCGGUGAUAUUGAUAAGUACUUGAAGUUUUUAAUAUCCCAUACUUCGGGGGAUCCGGGCUCAACAGAUUAUGAGGAUGCAAAAUUGUACGUCUUGCAUCUGAAUUAGAUGCUCAAAGCUUUUCUGGCUUGUCCAAAAAGCUAACAAAUGUUUCAACUUAUUUAUUUAUCAAAAUCGCCCGGCUAGACUUUAAACUAUGACUUUAAAGGCAAGAAAGUCUCGUGGAGCAAUGAAUUCGGAACAAAAUUAGAAAUGUAAAGACGUUGCGUCGUACUAUAGCGUAGGAUGGAGAAAUUGAAUGUGGUACCUUGUAAGCUGAAUAACUUUGUAAAGUAACUGUUUGCAUAAGUAUGAGAUUUAUCCGCUAGUUUAGGGAUGGGAUUGUCCCUAAAUGCCUGCAACACAAGCUGUAGGCAUAUUGCAGGGAAAUUCGUCGUUGCAUUGGACUGGAGAAACUAUUGCUCCGGACAAUUGAUAAUGGGUUUCAAGUUUAAACAUGCAAAGUUAUUUAUCUACAAAGAAGAUAUGAUUGUGAUUGAAACGGGUGAACUAUUCGGUCUUAAAAGAGAAUGUCUGACGAUAAUAAGAGUAAGAGUAAAAUGGAGUUAGUCAUAGAUAUUUUUGGACGAACGUCCCUUCUUGCCAAAACUGUAUUGUAAGAACGUUAUUUUAAUAAAUAAUUUGUUGUCA